AUAUAAAGUGGGAUCAGAUAAAAGUACGAGCACCUGACUCUUCACCACCACCCACUCCCCUUUCUCUCGAAUAUGGCUUCGGCUCCGGCCACCACCUUCUUCCCAAAACAUCGCCACCCUCCACCACCUUGCCGCCACUUCCAUAACCUCCGUUCAUCAAAAUCCACCACCAUCAGCUGUACCUCAUCACCACCUAUCAUCACGACAACCACUUCCGGUAACAACCGUCAGUCGAUCCCUUCUCUUCUUCCGUUCUCCGCCAAAUAUGUUCCCUUCAACGCCGUCACCGACGAAUGCUACUCCCUCGACGAUAUUAUCUACAGGAGCCGCUCCGGUGGCCUUUUGGAUGUCCAACACGACAUGGAGGCUCUGAAACAGUUCGACGGGAAAUACUGGCGAACGCUCUUCGACUCACGAGUCGGCCGUACCACCUGGCCGUACGGCUCCGGCGUAUGGUCCAAAAAAGAAUGGGUGUUGCCGGAAAUUGACAACGACGAUAUCAUAAGCGCCUUCGAAGGCAACUCCAACCUCUUUUGGGCUGAGCGUUACGGAAAACAUCAUCUCGGCGGCAUGAAUGAUUUAUGGGUGAAACACUGUGGUAUUAGUCACACCGGAAGCUUCAAGGAUUUAGGUAUGACUGUUUUAGUUAGCCAAGUUAAUCGCCUCCGUAAAAUGAAUAAACCAUUGGUCGGCGUUGGUUGCGCUUCCACCGGAGACACCUCCGCCGCACUCUCCGCCUACUGCGCCGCUGCCGGAAUUCCGUCAAUAGUAUUUUUACCAGCAAAUAAGAUCUCGAUGGCGCAAUUAGUUCAACCAAUAGCAAAUGGAGCUUUUGUAUUAAGCAUGGACACAGAUUUCGAUGGAUGCAUGAAACUAAUUCGAGAAAUUACGUCUGAAUUACCGAUUUACCUUGCGAAUUCACUGAAUAGUUUGCGAUUAGAAGGUCAGAAAACGGCGGCGAUCGAGAUUUUGCAGCAAUUUGAUUGGGAAGUUCCGGAUUGGGUGAUAAUUCCGGGAGGAAAUUUAGGUAACGUUUACGCAUUUUACAAAGGUUUCAAAAUGUGUCAAGAACUAGGUUUAGUUGAUCGGAUUCCACGGCUGGUUUGCGCUCAAGCUGCAAACGCAAAUCCGCUUUACCUCCAUUACAAAUCCGGUUGGGAAAACUUUUCUCCGGUGAAAGCUACCACCACAUUCGCUUCCGCUAUCCAAAUCGGAGACCCUGUUUCAAUCGACAGAGCAGUGUAUGCCUUAACGAACUCCGAUGGAAUAGUGGAGGAGGCGACGGAGGAGGAGCUGUUAGAUGCGAUGGCUGUGGCGGACUCAACCGGGAUGUUUGUUUGUCCUCACACUGGGGUGGCACUGGUGGCUCUGAUGAAGCUCCGGGAGAGAGGUGUGAUUGGGAAGAAUGAUCGGACGGUGGUGGUCAGUACUGCCCAUGGAUUGAAGUUUACUCAAGCGAAGAUCGAUUAUCAUUCAAAGUCGAUAAAAGAAAUAGCUUCCAAGUUUGCAAAUCCGCCGGUGGAGGUGGCGGCUGAGUAUGGAGCUGUCAUGGACGUCCUGAAGAAGCAUCUUAAAAAGGUUUCAUAGCAGCCGAUGAGUAUUCGACGUUGUACACGUUGUAAUGCUGUAUGUACAAGUAAAACUUGCAGGAUGCUUGAACUCAUCAAGUUAAAGUGGUGUGGUCGGUGCUUUUACAGUUUGUUCGGAUAUUUGCGGUUCCAAAGUAAUUGUAGGUCGAAGCAGAUGGAAAAAGUAAUUGUAGGUCGAAGCAGAUGGAAGUAAGAUACUAUAAAAGGUCGAAAGUGAAAAAUGUAGAAGCAAUUGGUUACAUCAAAGGUUAAUCAUGAAAAAGAAAGUAGAAUGUUAUAGAAUUUUUGUAAUUUUCCUUUUUUACUUAUCUUAAAGUUAAUAAUGAUUGUAAUUUGGCCAUUUUAAUAAAAAGGAAGAAUCGAAUUGAAUUGAA